CGGGGCGGGGCGCGGAGCGGCGGUGGCGCGGCCAUGGGGAACCUCUUCGGGCGGAAGCGGCGGAGCCGUGUCACGGAGCAGGACAAAGCGGUGCUGCAACUGAAGCAGCAGCGGGACAAGCUGAGGCAGUACCAGAAGCGGCUGAACCUGAACCUGGAGCGGGAGCGAGCGCUCGCCCGGCAGCUGCUGAAGGACGGCAAGAAGGAGAAAGCCAUGCUCUUGCUGAAGAAGAAGCGUUACCAAGAGCAGCUUCUAGAUAGAACAGAAAACCAAAUCAGCAACUUGGAGCAGAUGGUCCAGGAUAUUGAAUUCACCCAGAUUGAAAUGAAGGUCAUCGAGGGCCUGAAAAUAGGAAAUGAAUGUCUGCACAAGAUGCACCAGGUUAUGUCAAUAGAAGAAGUAGAAAGAAUAAUAGGUGAAACCCAGGAUGCUGUGGAGUACCAGAGGCAAAUAGAUGAGAUACUGGCUGGCAGCCUGACAGAGGAGGAUGAAGAUGCCAUUCUAGAAGAAUUAAAUGCUAUUACUCAGGAACAGCUGGAGCUUCCAGAAGUUCCUUCUGAGCCACUUCCAGAGAAGAUCCCAGAAGCAUCACCCGUCAAGAACAGGCCAAAGCCAGAGCUGGUGGCAGCAUCUUAACUCCCACUGCUGGGGAUUCCCCCACAUACCUUUCACCCAGGACAGUUUGCCAUCCCAGUGUGUGCUGGGAUCAAGCAAUGCCUUGGCAACACCCAGCUGUGCUGGGCAGAUGUGGAGCAGGAUUCCCUGCACAGGGAGGGGAACCUCAGCUCAUCAUUGCUCUUGUAUCAAGAUUAUUUUCUAGUGCUUUGUUUUUGUAACUCAAACCCUGAAGUCACUCAGCUGCGCUGUCAUGGGAUUAAACAGCAGCUCCUCAGCUUGGGAAGCCAAAUGCUUUCUCGAGGUCUGAUUUCAGUGAAGAACCUGCCUUUGCUGUGACUGGAUCCCCAGGAGAUGCCACCCUUGGAGCAAUGGAGUGUUUGAAAUGGCUGGGCAAGGACAAACCACUGCCCUCGGAGCCCUCCAGACCACGCUGGGAUCUUCUCUGCCCUCAGUCCUUUGCUUUCCUUCUUCUGAUUCUGUUUGUGGAAGAGCUGCUGGUGUCUCUUGUGCUUGUGCAGAUCCGACUGGCUGGGGUGUAUGAGGCUCUGGAGGGGCACGGGCAGCCUGGACAGAGGCAGUGACUUCAUGCUACGGGUUGGAACCAGUUCUGUGUAAAACCAGCUCAUGAGUGAGGUGUUUUCACUUGAGCAAAGGUCAAAGGAUGGCUCACCAGUGAUGCUAACACAAGAAAAGCCAGAUCUCAGUACAGGUGAUGAGCUGCCCUGUGCUGGGCAUGAGAUAGGGGUGCUUGGUAACCAUUUCCACUGGGAUCCUGCUCCAUCUGCUUGCACUCAUCGUGCUGAGUGACACCUUGGGGUGACAGGAACCUGAUGAGCCUCUUCAAUCCCAGCAAGAAGUCUUGUGCCUGCCUUGUGAGCCAGGAGCCAUUGCUGGUUGGCUCUGCACCAGUACCAGCGUUCACCUUUGCAGCGUUCUGCUGGGCUGGGAUCGAUUCCGUUUCCAGUUGCCAGCUCAUGUCUGAUUUUUCCUUGCAGGCUCGGAGACAGGAAAGGUCAGGCUGGGAUGAACGUGAGGCUUGUUCUGUACCAGACAUGAAGGUUCUUAGAUCAACCCUCCAAAGACUGCUCAGUGAGCAGAGGGCAGAGCAGUUCCAUCUGUGUUGUGGAUGGGCCGGUGCUUCCCGUGGUAUGGCAGGUGUGGGGUUGGCACAGAUGAGGGGUUUGGAAUGCUGCCUGGCCAGGCAGGUGGUGGGCAUAUGUGGCUGUUCUUGGACACAAACUGUACUUGCCAGCCUGCAGCUGCUCUUCAGGACACUGUGCAUCUUUAUUUAUUAUGUUCUCAAAGUCACAACCCUUAGUCCCUGUUUCUGUGACAGCAGAAGGACCAUCGGAUCCUUGGAGACUUCUUGUGGCUGCCUUUGGGGUUAUGUGAUCUGGUGCUAGACAAUAAUAAGUAUUCCCAGAGGCUGUGUGGUGAUGGGCCAGCAGCAGCUCUGUUCUUGA